AUGAGAUUGACAGCUUCGCUGCUGCUCCUUAGUAGCAGCUUUCUUGCUCCUAUAGUCGUUGCCCAGAACUCCGACUCCGAAGUCGCCGCUUCAUGGACCGAACAGGGUGUCUGCGGUUACUUCUAUGAAAAACCGGGCGCGUGGAAGUCACUGGCUGAGACUUGUGUCAAGUACUGCGAGAACAAUGGUGGACACGGGUACUCUGAGUGUGAUCACACUCCCUACGCGGGCAUGGACCUUCCGAAUGGGAUCGAUCAAAGCACCAUCAUGCAAGAUGACUCAGGCGACGUAUUCGUCCCUUGCAAGUGCAAAUGCGACAACCCCGAUGUUGAAGGAAUCGCCAACGCUAUCUUGGACAUUGUUAUCGAGGGCUUGAGUCACCUCGAUGAGAUCAUCUGCGGUGUCUUCAUGACUGCAAUGGUCUCCGUCGUCGAAAUCGGCAUCGAUCUCAUCCCCGGCGGCGCCGAAGCCACCGCCGCCGCCCGCGGUGUGGAAGCCGUGAAGUCCUUCACCGAGAAUGCCCUCGACGUCGCCGACUCCAUGGGCAACUGGGUCGGAAAAGCCUGCGGUAUCCAAGACCCCAACUGGCCCAACAGCAUCUUCGACGUGCUCUUGACAUCCCCCGAUUCGUAUGGUACGAGUAUCGGCUGCAAGAAGAAGAACAAGGCGGACUGCAAAAGCGUCGAUCCGGUGCCUGAUAAGCCAAAGACGAAGGGGCCGGAUGACCCAGCCACGAAGGGGCCCGACCCCGUUACGAGUGCCCCGGAGGUGCAGCCGACGAGUGCGGAGGCGCCGCCGGCCACGAGUGAUCCUGCUCCACCGGCUUCGACUGAUGCACCUCCGGCUUCGACUGAUGCACCCCCGGCUUCGACUGAUGCACCUCCGGCUUCGACUGAUGCACCCCCGGCUUCGACUGAUGCACCCCCGGCUUCGACUGAUGCACCCCCGGCUUCGACUGAUGCACCCCCGGCUUCGACUGAUGUACCGACGGUCUCUAGCGAUGUGCCUGUAUCAAGCGAGGUGCCAGUCUCAACGGAUAUUCCUGUAUCCAGCGACGUUCCUGUAUCCAGCGAUGUUCCUGUAUCCAGCGAUGUCCCUAUCUCGACGGAUGUCCCUAUCUCGACGGAUGUCCCUGUUUCGACGGAUGUCCCUAUCUCGACGGAUGUCCCUAUAUCGACGGAUGUCCCUAUCUCGAGCGAUGUCCCUAUCUCGAGCGAUGUCCCUAUCUCGAGCGAUGUCCCUAUCUCGAGCGAUGUCCCUGUCUCGAGCGUUGAUCCAUCCGCCAGCGUUGACCCUUCUGCUACCCCUUCGGUCGAUCCGUCAGCUACGAACAGCGUUGACCCUUCGAUCACAUCCAGUGUGGAUCCGUCGGCGACUAGUGGCACAGCCACAACUUCAUCCACGGAAUCUUGUGGCGUUGGGAGCACCGUAGUUCAGAGGCGUGGCGCUACACAAACCGCCGGUGCUCCAGCAUGCGAGGCAACCAAUGGCUGCACAAUCACUAACCCCGAUAAAGGCGGCGAAGAUGCUCUCGAUGACGCUCUUGACGCUGUUCAAGAUGUCACCAACAUCCUCCGCCUUCGUGGUAUCGACGGCCAUCGCUCCCCACGCAGAAUACUAGCCAAGCGCGCCCCCAAAAGCGGUAAGCCCUGCUCCGGCAGCCCGGGCAAUGAAGACUUCGUCCUCCAGUCCGACGAUUACCCCAGCAACAGUGAGCUCGCUGCAAACGUUGAUUCUUGGGGUUACAAGCUGCAGAACAACAAGUGCGACUAUGGCUGGCUCGAUGGAAAGACGCAGAUCGUGGGUAAUGACUACGACAGCGAACAUGUGAUGGAGUGGCAAACGGUCACCGAUUUCUUCUCAAAGAUGAACGCAAAGGGCGGGCAGACAUACGACCACCCGGAUCCCAACCAGCCCGACGGCACGAAGACGGACUUCUGCACGUACUGGAUCCAAUCCUGGAGUCUGGACGCAGGCCAGGAGUUCAGCGUCAAUGGAAGCGCGGCGUACACGCCCUGGAACCACAUCAAGACCGUAUACCCCGGCAAGACGCUGGGAGCCGCGUACAAAUCAGAGAUGAUCCGGUUGCAGCGAAACAUCAAUUCGACCCCAAAGUCGAACAUGUUCACCGACAAGGUCGAGUACAUCUGGACCAAAACCAAAAUGGACAAGUACGUCCUCGACAAAACCAAGCGCGACAAAGUCCUCGAGCGCAUGCGCCUCCUCCUCGGCGCCCGCACGUACCUCGUCGACCCGAAAGUCAAGGAGAUCUUCAAAAAGCAGAAGGAGCGCAUGGGCGCCAUGAUCGACCAGCUCGACACCGACAUGCAAACCCACACGCGGUCGACAACCGUCAAAGAUCCCGUGACCGGCGCCGUCUCCACCGAAACCUUCCGCCCGUGGGUCAAGCAGAAUUUGCUGACGGAGUGGAACACAUUCAUGGACCAGAAGUGGAUGACGGCCACGGCGAAGCAUACGAAAGUCAUGGAUUACUUCAUCAACGAGUUGGAUGAUAAGAAUUGUCAGAGCCAGCCGAAGAUGAGCACCGCGGACAAGACGUUCUGCGCGAACUUGAGGACACUGGAGAGAAAUUAUCGGUCUGCAACGGUUUUCACGGUGCCGUGGUGA